UCGGAUAAUAACAAGUUUCUAAACGUUUGCAUCGACAAUUCGACAUUGAAUUUGAAGUUCAACCAAAAAAAAAAAUCGUAGAGUUGUUCGCGAACUGUGUUUCGCAAUAAAAUAUAUAAAAUUAAACAAUAAUCAUGCUAUCCAGCUUCAGGUCUGGAGUUCAGGGAUUGUGGAGGGCGUCUUGCAGAGCUAUCCAAACAACAGUAAAUUUGCAACAUGAUAGCUUAUUUGUACACCGAGACACUCCCGAGGAUAACCCUAGUAUCCCAUUCGAAUUUACGCCCGAAAAUCAUAAGCGUGCCGAGGCCCUCUUGGCCAUAUACCCUGAAGGCCACAAGAGAGCAGCUAUGAUUCCUUUACUAGACCUGGCACAGCGUCAAAAUGGUGGCUGGCUCCCGAUAUCCGCUAUGCACAAGGUAGCUGAGCUAUUGAACCUACCUCGCAUGAGGGUGUAUGAGGUGGCUACAUUCUAUACCAUGUUUAUAAGGCGACCAAUUGGUAAAUAUCAUGUCCAAGUCUGUACGACAACACCUUGCUGGUUACGAGGCUCCGAUGCAGUACUUAAUGCUAUUAAAGAAGCUACUGGUUGUGAAGUCGGUGGAAAUAGCCCUUGUGGAAAAUUCUCUGUAUCUGAGGUUGAAUGCUUAGGUGCUUGCGUUAAUGCACCCAUGAUACAAGUCAACGAUGAUUAUUAUGAAGAUUUAACUGUUGAGGAUACAAAGGAGAUAAUUAACAAGCUAAAGAAAGAUGAAAAGCCAAAACCAGGACCGAGGAGUGGAAGAUAUGCAGCAGAACCCCUUGGGGGACUUACGUCUUUAACUGAAGAGCCAACGGGCCCUGGCUUCGGUCUACAAGAAGGACUCAAAGCCUAAACAAUCUGUUGUGUAAAUUAUAAUUUUAAUAGGGAUAUUUAAAUAAAAUCAUGUUAGAUAAAA